AUGAGCUCCCAGUUUGCUUCUUGCUCUCCUGAUCAAUUGGUUGACCACAUUUUGGAGGAGAUUGUUUAUAGUGGCUAUUCAGGAAUCACCAUCGACCACCUUUGGGAGCUAUCCUCCAACAAGCUCAACCGAAAUCUAUCGCCCUCUUUCAAGCAAUUAAUUUGGAAAUGGCUCAUUCAAGAAAACAAUUUCGAGGUAUUUCACACACUCACUAAUAAAAACAUACCCAAACAUGAUCUCAGUGUAAUAAAUAUAUCUAAUUUGAAUGUUUUGUUUUCAAAAUUCGACAAAGAUACUUUAUUACUAAAGACCAAUCAAAACUUCCAGUUUAAAACUCUAACAAAUCAGGACCAAAAUCAGACCUCAAUAGGUCUUAAUGCUUUUAUCAUCCUAUGUGCUAUAGCCAAAUCCAGGCAUCAUGGUUUAUUAGUAACUGAUAUUCCCAAAGUUACUGGCCAGGAUAACCGUUGCUUGACUUCAAGAAUCAAUUCUUUAUUAGACCAAGAUUUAAUUGUUAAAAUACCUGUUUUACAUGCAAAGAGAUCUACUGGUUUAUUGGUUUACAAAAAAUUUAUUGGUCUAUAUAAAUACCAUCAAUCAAUUAUUAACAACAACAUCACCAACCCCAAUCAACUUGCUAAUAUCCAUGAUCACAAGCCUUCAACUGAUAGCACAAAUCCUUUUCUAAACCCGGAAAGCGCAAGAAAAUUAAUCCUAAACUCUGUUAAAAACGCUCCAAAUAAAUUGAGAAAUGUCAAGGAUUUGAAAUCUCAAUUGGCUCAAAAUAAUAUCAAAUACGAUAAAAAAAUCUUUAAAAGUGUCAUAAAUUACUUGGCUAAUCAUGGUUAUAUCAAAAAAGUUAAAGCCAAAUUUUUCACCAACGCCAUUUCAAACACUACUUUAAAUACUACAACAGAUAUUGAAAAUGAUAACGAUAACGAUAACGGUAACAAUAAUAAUGACAUUGAUGUUACUAGCGAAAUAAGUAUCAUUACCAAAACCAUAAAAUUCCCUCUAAUUAAUACAGUUUUUCCCGUUCAAAACCAACUAUUUCAAAUAAUAGAUUUAUCUAAAAACAUAGGCAUUUCUACUCAACUAGUUCAAAAAUUACUAGUUGGUCUAAAUUAUGCAAGAAUAUUUAAUAAAUUACUAGAAAUCUUCUCCGAUUCUUUUCCUGAUUACAAUUCAAAUACCCCUUUUACAAUCAACGAUUUCUUUAAACUUACAAGAGGUUAUGAUUUUAACGGAAGAACAAAAUUUUUCAGAUACUUUACCAAAAUUAACUACUCAAUCUUAAACAAUAAUUUAAAUCCUUUGAACUAUAACCAAAUUAAUAAAUCAGCUUUAAUCUCUCAAAAAUCAUCCUACAUUUCUUCUUCGAUUUACGAUAUUCACCAACUACAAUCUCAAAAUAACACAUUACUAGCAAAAGGGAAAAUAACCCCAUCUGAUGAUAGUCCCAAAAUUAAAAGAAAAAGAGGUAGACCAAGAAAAUCUGACACCAAUGCCAAAAAAUCCAAUAAUAAUGAAAUGUUGUAUAAUGAUGUUGUUUCACUAUAUAAUACUAUAUCCAAUAAUAAUGAAAAUCUUUCCUAUGAUAUCUCUAAAAAUGAAGUGAUUUUAAUUUCAAAUGAUUCUUCUGAUAAUUCACAAAAUAGUGUUUCAAUAGUCACAAAUGGAAUUUCAAAAGAGACAAUCAUCAAUAUUGAUAGUUCAGUUAGUGAUAAUUUUCCUCCACCUAGAAGAAGAGUGAGAGCUGUUCGAACAUCUUUUUUAGCGACCAAACGUAGAAAUACUUUAUUAAACUUGAUUAAAAAUAACAAGGGGAUGAUUAUUGUUAAUAAAUCAGUUAUUGAUUAUCUAUCUGAGAGUAUAAAGGGUAAAAGUGCGGUUGAUAGAAGAACUCUUCACAGAGAUAUAAAAUAUUUAGAAGAAGAAGGAAAAAUUGCAGUUGAGAAUUUUAAAGUUAUUACUCAAUCUAAUGAAUCAUUUGAUAAAAAAAUAAUCAUGUUUUCAGAACUAAGAAAUGAUGUAUCAAGGAUUAAUCAAAUGAAAGAAUUAGCUCAAAUUGAGUAUGAUGAACAAAAAAUUACCAAGAAAUAUCAGCUUAAUACUGUUGAUGCUAAUGUUACUCUUUUCACCAAAGAAGGUGAAGAUCAAGUGCGAAUAAAGAAAGAGAAAGUCAAAAAAGUAUUAAGUAAAGAAGAAAAGGAAAGGCUUUUCUUAGAAAGACUUGAAGCUAAAAGAUUGGCUAAGUUAAAAAAAAUCGAAGAAAUGGAAAUAAAGAAAAAUGAGUCAAGGAAAACACAGACAGGGAAUAAUGAGGUUUCUAAAAAACUAAGUCUUGAAGGUAAAAAAAAAGUGAAAUUUUCUCGAAGAAAAACGCUUUCAUUAAGAACAGUUGCUAGUGAUCCAAAUAUUAUAAAUAAAAGACGAACUCGAACCAAAUUUGAUUUUACUAAAACCGAAGCGAUUACAUUUUUCAGAGCAGUUACAAUUACACGUACACUUUCACCUGCAGGAAAGAUUUUGUGGGGAAAGAUAGCUGAUUAUUUUGGAGAUAUUACGCCUGAACUUAUUAAAAAAAAAUGGCCUAAAAUCCGAGGUGUGAUUGGAGAGAAAGGUACUAAAAAAGCAUUAAUUGUUUGGGAAAGGAUUUUAUUUAAUGCAAUUAAAAAUAGAGAGGUUUCUAGUAAGGAUAUUAGAGAAAUGAAUUUAGCGAAAUUUAUUGGAAUAUGGAAGAAUGUUGAAGGAACUGAGUUACCAGGAAUUGAGAAAUUUGAAUUUUUUAAAGAAAUUGAGGAUAAUCUUAAGAAAUAUGUUUUCAUUCCAGAGAAUCGACAUUCAAGUAUGGUUGAUGAAUAUUUUGCAGAUCGCAAUUCUGGAAAAGAAAAAGAAAAAGAAGAUGAUAAUGAUAAUGAUAAUGAUUAUGAUUUAGAUAUUAUUGAUGAGACGGAAAAGAGGAAGAUACUUGUUAAACAAACAAUUAAGGCCAUAUUUGCUACAGAUGCUAAAAAUUAUACAAUUGAAGCAUCUAAGAGAAUUUUAAAAAGAUUCAGCGAAAAAGAAUGCACAGAAGCGAUUAAAGAUAUGGAUCAGAGAAAAGAAAUUAUAUUUCAAAUUAAACCUGGUUUACCCAAUUUUGUGUUGACAAGUAAAGUUUUAAAUCCCAUUGACAGCUUGAAAUUUGAGGAAUCGUUUUUUCAUGAGAGCAAAUUGUUCAAUCAAUUGCUUUGUGAAGUUCUCAAUUCGUCUCAGGGGUUGAUUCUUUCCCCUGCUGUGACUAAUGGAACAAUGGCAUGUUUGCUUGAUUUGAGUGUUUUAUUGAACAAGGUCAAGAUGGUUCGAGUUGACAAACACGUAACGCCAUUGUUGACUGACUACAUUUCCAGGGCUAUUGAUCGAGAAAAGUUGGAUUGCGAUAUUAUCAUUUGCAAGAACAAAGAACGAGCAGUUAUGGAAAGAGAUAUCUUGCCGGUGGUGGCAGUUCCAAUUGGCAAGCCCUGCUCGAGAAUAUGGAUUGAUGUUCAGGGGAACAUCAACCGAAGCGUAUGGGUAAGAGUAUUGGUUGUUGUUGUGUCGUUGUUGUUGUUCAGGCCCGGAAUAUGGUUUAAAGUGUUGUUUGGCAAGAUCGAGUUGUUGGUGACCAAAGAAGAGUUGAAGGAGGUUUUGGGAUGGAUGGUGCAGCGCAACUGUGUGAAAGAGCGAAAGCUCAAUGGGGGCAGCUGCUACUGGCUCAAGCCUGGGUGGUUCGACAUCCUUGGGUAG